UUGCCCCGGGGCCGUAAAGCGCGGAAGGUCGCGGUCUCGGCUUCCCCGGAACUUUUUGCUCGCUUCGCCCCGCCCCCUUUCCAUCCCUGAACCCCGCUUUCCGGCCCGCGGCGACCCCCGGCAACCGUUGUGGCUGCCGCAUUGCUCCCGCCGGGCUGUAGCUGAGCGCGGAGCCCGUGGGGGCCCGUGAGUUUAAAUUCCUGAGAUCUAGUUGGUGAGAGACGUGAUGUUCUACCGGUUGCUGUCAAUUGUUGGAAGACAAAGAGCCAGCCCAGGAUGGCAGAACUGGUCCUCUGCAAGAAACAGCGCGUCAGCUGCGGAGGCACAUUCCAUGGCCCUGCCCACCCAGGCACAGGUGGUCAUCUGUGGAGGUGGAAUCAUGGGCACAUCUGUGGCCUAUCACCUCUCCAAAAUGGGGUGGAAGGAUAUUGUCCUUUUGGAGCAGGGCAGGCUGGCUGCUGGCUCUACCAGGUUCUGUGCUGGCAUCCUGAGCACUGCCAGGCACUUGACCAUUGAGCAGAAGAUGGCAGACUACUCAAACAAACUCUACCAUCAGUUAGAGCAAGAAACAGGGAUCCAAACAGGUUACACAAGGACAGGCUCAAUCUUUCUGGCCCAAACUCAGGACCGACUGAUCUCCCUGAAGCGCAUCAACGCAAGGCUGAAUGUCAUAGGUAUCCCUUCUGAGAUCAUCUCCCCCAAGAAAGUGGCCGAACUUCACCAUCUCCUCAACGUGCACGACCUGGUGGGGGCCAUGCAUGUUCCUGAGGAUGCAGUGGUGUCCUCUGCUGACGUGGCUCUUGCCCUGGCAAGUGCUGCCUCCCAAAAUGGUGUUCAGAUCUAUGACCGGACAUCUGUUCUUCAUGUAAUGGUCAAAAAAGGUCAAGUUACUGGAGUGGAGACAGAUAAAGGACAGAUUGAAUGCCAAUAUUUUGUCAACUGUGCCGGCCAGUGGGCAUACGAGCUGGGUCUGUCCAACGAGGAGCCGGUUAGUAUCCCGCUACAUGCCUGCGAACACUUCUACCUCCUGACUCGCCCCUUGGAGACCCCUCUGCAGAGCAGCACACCAACUAUUGUGGAUGCUGAUGGAAGAAUUUAUAUUCGGAACUGGCAGGGUGGCAUCUUGUCUGGGGGCUUUGAGAAGAACCCGAAACCAAUUUUCACUGAGGGCAAGAACCAGCUGGAGAUUCAGAAUCUACAGGAAGACUGGGAUCACUUUGAGCCUCUGUUGAGUUCCCUUCUGAGGAGGAUGCCAGAAUUAGAGACUCUGGAGAUCAUGAAGUUGGUGAAUUGCCCAGAGACCUUCACACCAGACAUGAGAUGCAUCAUGGGCGAGUCUCCUGCAGUGCAGGGCUACUUUGUCCUGGCAGGAAUGAACUCUGCUGGCCUUUCAUUUGGUGGAGGAGCCGGAAAGUACCUUGCCGAAUGGAUGGUACAUGGCUAUCCCUCAGAAAACGUUUGGGAAUUGGACCUGAAACGUUUUGGAGCCCUCCAGAGCAGCCGCACCUUUCUGCGCCACCGGGUCAUGGAAGUCAUGCCUUUGAUGUAUGAUCUGAAGGUUCCCCGCUGGGACUUCCAGACUGGUAGGCAGUUACGCACCUCUCCUCUCUACGACCGGCUGGAUGCACAGGGAGCCAGGUGGAUGGAGAAACAUGGAUUUGAGAGGCCAAAGUACUUUGUUCCCCCUGACAAGGACCUCCUGGCAUUGGAGCAGAGCAAGACUUUCUAUAAGCCAGAUUGGUUUGACAUCGUGGAGUCUGAAGUCAAGUGCUGUAAGGAAGCUGUGUGUGUCAUUGACAUGUCCUCUUUCACAAAGUUUGAGAUAACAUCCACUGGGGACCAGGCAUUAGAAGUUCUACAGUACCUCUUUUCCAAUGACCUGGAUGUGCCUGUGGGCCACAUUGUGCAUACCGGCAUGCUCAACGAGGGUGGAGGGUAUGAAAAUGACUGCAGCAUAGCACGACUGAACAAGCGCAGUUUCUUCAUGAUCUCUCCAACCGACCAGCAGGUCCACUGUUGGGCUUGGCUUAAGAAACACAUGCCAGAAGACAGCAACCUGCUCCUGGAGGACGUCACCUGGAAGUACACAGCCCUCAAUCUGAUUGGCCCUCGAGCUGUGGAUGUGCUAUCCGAGUUGUCCUAUGCCCCUAUGACUCCAGACCACUUCCCAAGCCUCUUUUGCAAGGAGAUGAGCGUGGGCUAUGCAAAUGGGAUCCGCGUGAUGAGCAUGACGCACACAGGAGAGCCGGGAUUCAUGCUCUACAUCCCCAUAGAGGGCAUGGAUUUCAUUGGUCGUGAUGCCCUCCUGCUGCAGAAGCAGAAUGGAGUGUAUAAACGCCUCACCAUGUUCAUCCUGGACGACCAUGACACAGACCUAGACCUUUGGCCUUGGUGGGGAGAGCCCAUUUACCGGAAUGGGCAGUACGUUGGCAAGACCACCAGCAGUGCCUACAGCUACAGCCUGGAGCGCCACGUUUGCUUGGGCUUUGUGCACAAUUUUUCUGAGGACACAGGGGACGAGCAGGUGGUGACAGCGGAUUUCAUCAACCGGGGAGAGUAUGAGAUUGACAUCGCGGGAUACCGCUUCCAGGCCAAGGCCAAGCUCUACCCCGUCGCCUCCCUCUUCACCCAGAAGCGCCGAAAGGAUGACAUGGAGCUGAGUGACUUACAUGGGAAGUGAUGCCAGGGCAGCCUCACUUUCUCUCCAUCAUCUUGUCCUGGAGCGGGCGUCACCUUGGAGCUUUUCUUCCUUCUGCCUCCAUUCCUCUUAUGGAGCUUUUGCCUCCCGUCUCUCAUCUCCUUGAUAUAAUUUUGAACUUGACCUACUUUAAAAACUUCUGCUCUGCAACCUUCCUUGUCCUUCCACCUCCUCCUCCUAAUAUUCACUCUGGACUCUUUUUCCCUUCCCACCCCCACUCAGCUUUCAUGGUGGCAGGAGGUGUGUCUGACGGGCAGGACAGAAACAAGCUCCACUGUGGACAUGAGUGACAGUGACAGCUGCUUUCAAAUUCUGCAUCUCAAAGCAGAGCAAGCUGGGGUGGUGCAGGCCUCGGGGCACGAGUCCCUCUCCCUUGGGUUCCAUUUUCUUGGAGCAGCCUAUUAAUUCUGCUGGGGUUGCCGUGUGUCGGAUGCAGCUCGUUCUCCUGUUCCGCUGUGCUGUGAGCUGGCACUCGAUACCUCUGGCAAGAGGAUGAUCAUCUACCUCACUGAUGAGAGGCGUCGCAUGGAUGUUCUCUGGUCUGUAGUGGAGAUAAGCAGUUAACCGGGCACCACCCUCAUCCUCCCUGCAGAAGCCGUUAGCAGACCUUUGGGCCAGGGCAGCCUCCCUAUAAUUUUCUUCAUCUCUUGCUGAUCUCUAUAAUAAGGUUGCUUUUUCUUUCUUAGUUGAGUAAGCAAGUAUGCCACAGUGGUUGAAAGGGAAAAACCAUGUUGCCUUGUGUGUUGCUUUUCCUAGUCAAAAGGGUCUGACCUCAGAAUGUCCCCGCCGCAGUGACGCUGAGUGGUCUGCUGUGGAAACGAUGCUGCUUUUCUCUCAGCUGUCCAAAGUUCAGCCGUCCCUCCCUCCUCUUCUCCCAGUGUGCCUGACUUUGUCAGGUCAGCCUCACCUGUCCCCAUCACAGUUGGCCCAUAAAGUCAUGUUUCUAUCCUUUUAGAACAGGGAGGGAAAGGGAUCAGGUGUGUCAUCCUGGGCCCUUCAGCCUUGCGGGCCGUGCUGAGUUCCAGAGAGCUGCCAGAAUUCUGGGUUUGACUCUCCAGCACAGAGCAGAGCUCCGCAGAGGUGACCCACAUAAGUCCACUGAGAGUUCUGUGUCCAAGGGGUGUACGUUGCAUAAGGCUAGAGACUGCUUUUCUUCCUUUCACCGCAGGCUCUUUGUUUCCCUCCACCCACCCUUCCAUAUCCUCUGGAAGACGACGUGCGUGCCCAGGAGUGCCCUGCACUUUCAGGCAGUGUCUCUGUUUUCCCAAGGUGAAACUUAGAUAUCAGCAGUCCAGCCUCAACACUUCAUUAUCCCCUUGCAUAUCAACUGCCCUAAUCUGACUUUUUUUAAGUACAAGCAAACUGCUAUAAAACAUUUUGGUUAG